UCCUGGGCAGGAUGCUAUGGGAACAGUCCCCAGGGUUGGAUCUCAGCAGUAACACCGCUGCAUGCAGGUGCUGAGUAGUUGGAUCCUGAUCCUGCCCCUGCCUGCUUGAUGAACCUUCAGCAUGUUGUUGCACUGAUGUAAUAAUGGAGGUUAAGGGAGAUGUAGAGGAAGGGAAAGGAGAGACAGCCAUGACGGAGAGGCCACCGGAGAGCAGUAGAGGAUGUAAGAUCAAUGAACAGUCUGCCAGAACUGGGGUGAACUGGGAUACCUGGAUGUCAAAGGGUCAGCGCAGCUUCGUUGUUCUAGGCACGCCAUGCACAAAGAGAUAGAAGAAACUCUCCGAUUUAAUAAAAACUGGAAAUUGUCUGGGAUCCAGAAGAUCUAUUAUAAUACUGUAGAAAAAGUCCUGGGAGGGUUUGGGACAAUCCCAGGGAAGCUGAUCUGGCCAACCAGCCUGACAACAACUCCAGAUGGCGACUUGGCAGUAAAGGACAGUGGCACAGGACAGAUCCAGAUGUACAGUGCUGAUGGCCAACCUAAGCAUAGAUUUCCGUAUGGAUUUGAACCCAUUAAGGGGCUGGGAGAUGUCACCUGCAUGAAAAAUGGUGUGCUGCUUGUUACCAAUGGGACCAAAGCAAUCCAGCUCUUCACGAAAGAUGGUGAACUGAUCCACGAGCUGAAAUCUCCCAAAAUCUCUUGGCCUCAUUCGUAUGGGAUAGCUGUCCUGAAAGCCAAUAGGAUUGCUGUGUCAGAUUGGUCCAACGCAGGGAAAGUUAACAUCAUUGGAGUGGACUGGAGAAUGAAUGCCGUCCUGAAAACGCACUCAAUAGAAGGAUUCCAUAGGCCAGUACGCGUGGCUGUCAAUAAGAAUGAUGAGAUGUUAGUGACGGAAGGGCAGCUCUUUGGAAGGUUCCAGGGUUGCUGCAUCAAGGUGAUCGACAAGGAAAGGAGUGUGAAGAAGACCAUCGGCCCCCGAUAUGGGAAAGCAUUUACUUUCGAAAACCCUUCUGGCAUCUGUGUGGAUUGUAACGGGAACGUCUUUGUCUCUGAUGAAGGGCAGAAUUGCAUUGUGAUGUUCAACCCCGACUCAUCCCUCUGCGCCAUCAUAGUGAGCGAGGGCUUGCAAGGCCCAAGUGGUCUCUCCAUGCUGGACCAUGGGCUGGUUGCUGUUGCAGACUGCUACAACCAUUGUGUCAAAAUCUGUAGGUACAAAUAAAUGCAGUGACAUCUCUGGGCUGGAAGCAAAUAAAACUCGAUAUAUA